AUGGAAACAUUUUGCCAAGAAUACUUAGCACAUAAAGGUACAGUAGUGAAACCAUAUUACUGGCUAACAGUGAACCAAAGCUGUACCAAGUGUCCUUAUCACAUACAAACAGGCGAAGAAGCAAGAGUCCCUUAUGCAGAAUUUCAUAAGGCCUUUGGAUUCCCAUAUAGGUCAAUGCAACCCCCAAAUAAACACCUUCUGUUUUAUGAGUUGAGGCACUUAUCAGGGAAGUUAAUUCAAAAGGGACAUGCUACAAAUUGCACAUACUACAACAUUCAUCCAGAAUCUAUGUUAUUUGAAAUGGGCGGCUAUCUAGACUCAGCCAUGCACAAUUGUGAGAAUGCUGCAUAUAUAAUUCUUUAUUCAAACUAUUCCCCUUGUAACGAGGCAGAGCAUGGCUGCAUAAGCAAAAUGUACCACUUCUUGAGGAAGUAUCAAGACAUUACACUCUGCAUUUAUUGCUCACAGCUGUAUCACACAGAGGAGGAUUUCCCAGUGUCCACAUGGAACUGUGAAGCAUUACAAAGCCUAGCUAGCAUGUGGCCUCAGGUGACAUUGAGCCCACUGUGUGGUGGACUUUGGCAUUCCCUCCUCUACAGUUUUGUGACUAACAUACCACAGCGAAGUCUUUACCAUCCAAUUUUGCCUGCAAGAGCACUGGCUGAUAGACAAAAUGUACAACAAAUUAAUAACAUAACAGGAAUGAAAUUUCCUUUUAUGAAGGCUCUGCCUCAACCAAUCUAUGGACCCUCAAUGGCUGUACCAGAUCUGCAAAAGUACUAUUUGUCGAGUUCACGCUCUCAGCAUCCAGCACAAACGAUAAAUGGCAGAUUGCCCCCACUGAGGAUGCUACCACGCCAUUCAACACCUCCCAUUGAUAUUUUUCCCACUGUUGGAAAGCAACCAUUAUAUCCCAAGCCUAAAAAUAUCAUCAGGCACUUUAAAAUGCCAGAUAAGUCAUUAAGCAAAGGUAAACAUUUGGAAGUAAUUCCAAAUGGAAAGUUUUUUCACGUGGAAAGAAUUUUUGAAGACAUCAAGUCUACAGACCAUGAAUUCCACAGAAAAAAACAGGAUUAA